GACACAGCGUGGAGAGUGCCUACCAUGUGUCUGUGCUUCCUCUCGUUUCUCCCGUUUCUAGAGGGGAGGCAGGCACUGAGCAUGGCUCCUAGAGGACAGUGCUCAGCAGUGAAGUGGUGCUCCUCCUGCAGGCUGGAAAUACAGGGGCCUCCUGGGAGAGGACCGGUGGCAGAGUGGGUCCUUCCAGCCACCACUAAGCCCCCGUCGGGAAGGGCAUCCCGCUCUCAGGCACCAACCCACCCUGUGUCGCGGCAGAAGGCAGCAGGGGUAGGCCCCAGCAGCACUCUGGCCUGCUCAGACCUGUGCUUCUUCCCAGGCCCCACCAUGUCCGAGCCCCAGAGCCCAGAACCGGCCCUCAGUAUACAGGGAGACUCCCCCACGGGCACGAAGGAUGAGGACGCUGCUGACGGGAUCCAGCACUCACACCGCAUGCUCAGCUUCAGUGAUGCACUCCUGUCCAUCAUUGCCACUGUGAUGAUCCUGCCUGUGACCCACACGGAGAUCUCCCCAGAACAGUUUGACAGAAGUAUACAGAAACUUCUAGCAACCAGGAUUGCUGUUUAUCUGAUGACCUUUCUCAUCGUGACUGUGGCCUGGGCAGCACACACAAGACUGUUCCAGGUUGUUGGGAAAAUAGACGACACGCUUGCCUUGCUCAACCUGGCCUGCAUGAUGACCAUCACCUUCCUACCAUUCACCUUUUCCUUAAUGGUGACCUUCCCCGAGGUGCCUCUGGGCAUCUUCUUGUUCUGUAUGUGCGUGAUCGCCAUCGGGGCCGUGCAGGCGCUGGUCGUCGUGUAUGCCUUCCACUUCCCCCACCUCCUGCACCCCCAGAUAGAGCGCUCCGCCCACAGGGCCCUCUACCGGCAGCAUAUCCUGGGCAUUGUCCUCAGGGGCCCAGCGCUGUGCUUCAUGGCCGCCGGCUUCUCCCUGUUCUUCUACCCUUUGUCGUACCUGCUGAUGGCAACGGUCAUCUUCCUUCCCUACGUCAGCAAGGCCUCCACCUGGUGCAAGGGCAGGCUUGUGGGCCCCCAAGAGCCCCCAGCUCACAGCGUGGAAUUCUUCACUUUUGACCUGCAUGAACCUCUCAGCAAGGAGCGGGUGGAGGCCUUCAGCGACGGGGUCUACGCCAUUGUUGCCACACUCCUCAUUCUGGACAUCUGCGAGGACAACGUCCCGGACUCCAAGGACGUCAAGGAGAAGUUCCACGGCAGCCUGGUGGCAGCGCUGAGCGAGUAUGGGCCGCACUUCCUGGCCUACUUCGGCUCCUUCGCCACCGUGGGCCUGCUUUGGUUUGCCCACCACUCGCUCUUUCUGCACAUCCGCAAGACCACGCAGUCCAUGGGGCUGCUCAACACGCUCUCACUGGCCUUCGUGGGCGGCCUCCCUCUGGCCUACCAGCAGACCUCGGCUUUCGCGCAGCAGCCCCACCAGGAGCUCGAGAGCGUGCGCGUCAGCUGCGCCAUCAUCUUCUUUGCCAGCAUCUUCCAGUUUGCCAUCUGGACCACGGCCCUGCUGCACGAGGGGGAGACACUACAGCCCUCGGCACGCUUCGGGGGCCACGAGCACGCGUUCAUGUUUGCCAAGCUCGCGCUGUACCCCUGCGUCAGCCUGCUGGCCUUUGCCUCCACCUGCUUCCUGAGCCGGUUCAGUGCGGCCAUCUUCCACCUCACCCAGAUCGCGGUGCCCUUCGCCUUCCUGCUGCUUCGCCUCCUCGUACGCCUGGCCCUGGCCCCCCUGCGCGCCCUGCGGGGCCUCAGCCUGCCAGCACACCAGAGCGAGGACGACGCACGCGCCCCGCUCCUGCCUUCUGCCCACUAGCUCCGGGGGCCCGCCCGCCCGCCCCGGCCUGCCCCGGCCUGCCUCGGCCCGCCCCGCCCUGGCCCGCCUUGCCCCGGCCUGUUUGGUUCUUAUUUCCAUCGUUCUGCUCUAGAGCCCUAGCGAGGGUUUCUGCUUCUGCAGACAGCGUGACAGGAGCUUGGCGUCUGCGUGUCUGUCUCUGUCCUGGGCCCACAUUUUCUAUCUUCGUGGAGCCGAGCUGCGCGGGUGCUCGAGCUCCCGCUGGGAGCCCACGGCGUCAGCCCUGAGCGGGGCGUGGGUCCCCAGGCACAGAGGAGAUGGCAGGCCAGCAACGCCCACACUGUAUUUGUCCUGGACAUAAAUUAGGCUUACAUUCAGGUAGUGACAAGGUACACAAGGGCCUGGGUGCCAAGCCCACACUGCCCCCUCUGGGCACACAGACUCACUUAAAUACAGGACAGACAGCUACAGGCCAGAACCAGCGCCAAGGCCUGCAAAGCAAACACGAAUUGCACCACCGGGGACAUCACGGUGGACACACACUUGUGUGCUGGGGGCACAGGAUAGGAGUGUCCCAUUACAAAUGGCCACAACAGUGCGUUUGUGCAGUUUGGGCAGAAGCUUGGGGGACACGGGGCUGGCAGGGCAGAGCCUGGCCAGACGGCGCCAACAGCAAAGAGCCAGGACAAGUAGAGAGAUGUGGUUCCUGGGCCUCGCUGGGGGCUCUGGAGACUCCCUAGACUGACCAGGGGCCUGUCUGAGCUCAGUGUGGUGGGGGCCUGGGCGUCUGGUCAGCCCCACAGGCGCUGGGAA